UGCGACAUUUCAAUAUGGCGGAGUUGACAAUGGUGGUCACUAGCUAACAGGGACAGCACAGGCAGGACAGCGAUGGGCCACAGCCGAUAUUUAUCCCCAAUAUAUCAAACUAACGCCCGGACUCAGCCGCUAGUGAUGGAUACACGAUAGUUACAGUGUUUUAUGCUGUUUUACGGCGUGUUUGUUUAUAGUUUCUGAAGGAGAAGCGACAGAGUUUAGCUAACUUGGCAGAAUUGUUCUUCCAGCGGGAGGAAGUUUGCUGUGGCGGAGGAAACAUAAUAGGAAACCGGGGAGGGCCGAACUAUCCCGACAUGGAGGACUCCGACUCGGCCCUGGAGAAGAAUGUCGCUGACCUCACGGUGAUGGACGUCUAUGACAUCGCCGCGGUGGUGGGCCAGGAGUUUGAGCGCAUUAUAGACCAGUACGGCUGCGAGGCUCUGUCCCGACUGAUGCCCAAAGUGGUUCGGGUGUUGGAGAUCCUGGAGGUGAUGGUGAGCCGCAACAGCAUCAGCCCGGAGACCGAGGAGCUGCGCCUGGAGCUGGACAAGCUGCGACUGGAGCGGAUGGACCGGCUGGAGAAGGAGAAGAAGCACAGAAUGGAGCUGGAGCUGGUGGAGGACGUAUGGAGAGGAGAAGCUCAGGACCUGCUCACCCAGAUCGCUCAACUGCAGGAGGAGAACAAAUCCCUCCUCACCAACAUGUCCAACAAAGACCCCAUGAGUGAGGAGGACCUGCAGCGGCAUGAGGGUAUGACGGAGAGAGAGAGGCAGGUGAUGAAGAAGCUUAAAGAAGUGGUGGACAAGCAGAGAGACGAGAUCCGGGCCAAGGAUCGUGAGCUCACGCUGAAAAACGAGGACAUAGAAGCACUCCAGCAGCAGCAGUCUCGCCUCAUGAAAAUCAACCACGACCUGCGCCACAAAAUCUCCGUUGUGGAGGCUCAAGGGAAAGCUCUGAUUGAACAGAAGGUGGAACUGGAGGCCGGGGCUCAGGCCCGGGGGCAGGAAGUCACUGCCCUUCGGCAGGAAGUUGCACGCCUAAGGGAACGACUUCAAGGAAACCUGCCUGCCCAGAACCCUGAGGAACCCCCACCUCAGCCCCCCUCACCUGCAGAGCGUGGUAAAGCUGCUACAGUGGUGGUGGGGGCUGAGAGCUGGUCAGACAGACCUGACCCCUCUGAGCUGAUGUUGGGUGGGUUUGACCCCUCCCUGCCUGGUUCCCUCAGCCCAGAGGGACACGAGGAUGGGAAUGAGGAGGCUGAGGACGAGGCAGUAUUGCUUUGGGAGGCGAUGUGCGAUGAGGACAUGCCUGCUGUGUUCCAAUAUUUUACAAAGGAGGCAAUGUGCGAGGAGGAGACAGGAGGCUUGGACCCAAAGGACCCCAACCGACCCCGGUUCACCCUGCAGGAGCUGAGGGACGUCCUCCACGAGAGGAACGAGCUCAAGGCCAAAGUUUUCCUGCUGCAGGAGGAGCUGGCCUACUACAAAAGUGAUGAGACAGAAGAUGAGAUUGUUACUCCUUCCCCGUCUCCUUCACCUGAACUGAGGACUCGCUCCCGUUCUUCUGCACAGCCAGAGUCAGGAAUCAAACGCCUGAUCUUCACAGCCAUUAUGCCGAUGGUGGCGGCUGGUUUGAUCCCAGAUGACCCCACUUUACAGCCAAUCAGACGUCUCAUAUCACUUGUUUAGUUUCUUCUCUCGUGACAAGCAGCGUAACUUGCACCGGAGUGAGCAGUUUGACGCCGGCUCGUGGAUGGGGAAGGAGGACGUGUACACAGAACAAGCCCAGGAGGCGUUACAGCACUUGUAGAGUCACCGGACUGGAAAAAAACUCCGAAACUCUUAACACUCCAUGUCCAUCACUCGAGUUCCCGGAUCCUGAAGUGUUUUCGAUUGCACACCAAAACCCCUACCAGUGACUCACACUGCGCCUGAAAAUAUCUUGGGCUUGAGGUGAGACAGACAAGAGAGAUUCACCUAGAAUGAGGCUCCCGCUUGGAUAGAAGUUUAUUUAAUCACCUGAAAAUACUUUAUAAUAUACAAACUGUGUAUCUCAAUGAGCGAUGGCAUAUACUAAGACUUUAAAAAAUUUUAGAAAAUAUGUUGGUGCCUGAAGGGUUUGACAGAAUCACACACGAUUGACGUGAUCUGUAGAGAGGUUAAACUCAAGUUGUAGGAUUGAAAGUAGAAAGUUGUUUAAUGAUAUGGUGAGUGGGUGAAAAUGACGACACAGACGAAAUCUCUGGGCGUAAAAGUGUGCUGCAAAGUUCCAUCUAAAAAUCACACGACUCCAGAUGUUGCAGCGUUUGCUAUUCCGUGAAAACUUAGGGUUUUACCAUAUAUAUUAUAUAUAGAAUAAAGAAAACACACAAUUACUGCAGUUUUCUCAAAAACGAAAGCGAUGUGUCCCAUUUAAUUUAUUUGAAGUCUUUUCCUUGUUCAUAUGAGCAGCUCGUAGGUCCAUCACCAGCACUGUCAGCAAAAUUCAAACUAUGCAGCUCUCCAAAAGAGUUUGGGGCUUUGUGUACAAAAUGUUGCAUAGAAUCACAAUUUUAAAACGUGUACAUAAAAAUGUUACAAAUGCUUUUAUUCACAUUUUGAGGUAAUAGUAACUCAACAUUUGACUUAAUUUAAUUUUGAGUUACCCAACAAGUCACACUCCAUCUAGUUAGUUUGUGUUAUUGUGUGACUUUUGGGUUUUAAAGGGUUACUUCGGAAUCACCAAAGUCACACAAUAAGACAAACUAACUAACCGAUCGCGGCAGCGGCAACUCUUAUAUUCUGUUAGGAAAAAUUAGUGUUUUUGUCAAAGGAGUCUGGUGGCUUUGACGAGAGCCUAGCGGCAUUAGUUCCCCGUCGUUCGGGCUGUCUGACAGCAAGGUAAAGCUCUGAAAAUAUUCCAAAAAUAGCGUACACCUAAAGUGAUGAUGAAAAAGGAUUGUACGUGUUGACUUCUGCGUUUUAUGCAUCAUUCAUACAAGGCCUCAAAUAUAAACAGUGUCAAACAAUGUAAAAUCAUGAAGUUACAUAGAAAGCAAUAUUUAAUUAUUCCUCAGAUUGUGUUCAGGAGUCGGCUGAGAAGUUAGAAAUGACAGAAAGUUGAUAAAGCUGAACUGUGGUUUCCAUUUUUAUUGUUAAAAAUGCUAACCUCUGGUUGCUGCUUCUGCUUUAUGACCGCUUACCUUCACACCUAACACUGAGAGAUGUCUUCCACCCUAAAUGAAUGUAAAAUGACAGGAACACUAUAAUGGGUAUCAAAGCAGCUUCCCCUGUUUUACAUUGUUCACAGCGUGAUAAUGAUGAGACAGUAUCAUAUUCUAGAUUAUAUCUAAAAGUCAAAGGGAUCUGCACUAUUUAGACAUGAAUACAUUAAAAGGGAAAUCUGGUCAACGUGUUCAAACACUCCGGUUCUGCAGCUCAUUAUUUAAGUCAGUGUUGAUCACCUUCUCCUGUGUGUUUCCCUGAUUAAAGUGGAUAUUUCAAAGAUUUAA